GUCCUCUUCCUUCAGCCCCCCCGGCUGUGAGAUUCAGCAACAAGACACCAUCGACAGCUCCAUCAACUGCAACAGCUCAACUGACCACUGUAAUCUCAUGAGGCAGCCUUCCUUCUCCGCCUGUCACAACCACACCGACCCAGAGCCGUUCAUCAGCGCCUGCACACACACUCUGUGCAGAUACCCGUCAGUGGAUGGGGUCGACUGCCAGUUUUUGGAGGCUUACGCCAAGGCCUGCAGCCUGGAAGCCAACGUGACCCUGGAGGACUGGAGGUCGACUUCUGGCUGCUCCCCUCCCCCUCUCUGUCAGCAGCCCUGCAGUGAUCAUGAGUUCUGUGGAGCACAGAUGUGGUUGUCGUCUCGCUGCUUCUGUCGGGCUGGGUUCGCCUCCAAGUACAGAGCCACCAAGUCUUUAGGCGAGCCGCCGGUCUGCAGGCAGGGCUCGGCCACUGUGACUCUGGCUGGAUGUCUGCUGAUUGACAAAGGCAUCGACUUCUCCACCUUACACCUCAAAGACCCCAGCUGCAAGGGCCACAUGGACCCCCAGAGCCACCUGGUGACCUUCAGCUUCGACAUCAGCAACAUGUGCGGGACGGAGGUCAUGAAGAACGGCAGCCAGAUCGUCUACGAGAACUCCAUCGUGUCGAGCAACCGCUCAUCGGCCGGCGUCAUCACGCGCCAAGACCAACUCAAGGUCGACUUCUCCUGCUUUUACAAACAGCCGGAGCUCAAGAGUGUGUCCUUCACUAUCAGAGACAGCUCUAUGGUGCAGCAGAUCGUAUCUGGAGUGUGGAACUACACUCUGACGAUGAGCUCCUUCAGCGACGCCGGCCUCCUGCAGCUGGUCGGCUCGAACACGGAGAUCAAGCUGAACCAGAAGGUCUGGCUGCAGCUGGAGGCCAGGGGGCUGGACGCCAACAUGGUCGCCAUUGUGACAGACUCCUGCUGGGCAACCAAUCAGGCAUCACCUGAUGAUUCGCUGCGAUACGACCUCAUCAUCAACGGAUGUCCGAACCCUGCUGAUGAUACGGUGCAGAUGCAGGGAAACGGACAGGGAACGUCCAGCGUGUUCUCCUUCAACAUGUUCGAGUUCUCUGGAGGAAGCAAUGAAAUCUACCUGCACUGCAAACUGGAGCUGUGCCUCACACAGGGCCAGGCCUGCACUCCGAGCUGUGGGGGGGGUGCUCGCAGGAGGCGUAGAUCUGCUAGAUUUGCUGAUGGAACCGCUGCCCUCAUCACGAUGGCCUGGAGUAAUUAAAGAGCCUUACAUGAUGAUUCCCGACUUUGUCUCGAUUAAAAAAAAAAGCGGAAAUCUCCAGAAAACGGAUCAUCUUGGUCUGAGAUUAUUCCUGAUGAUUCCAGUUAUUCUGAGAUGUAACUUCUUUAUGGUGAAAAAGAAUCAAAGGGUUUAGAGCAGAGUCUCCAACACGUAUAUCGCGAGCUCCGGUAGCUCGCGGGCAGCUUUUCAGUAGCUCGCCGCUCGAUUAUGGAUUAUAGCGUAGUAAGGUUGCUUCUUGAUUUUUCGGCCGCGCCUGGACAAUAACGGUUUUUUAUUUUAGAAUUGUUUCUGUCACACGAAUAUAAAAUUGGUCGGUGACGCAGAGAUCCAGGAACAGACGUGACAGCGGCACAGCGGCACCACACACGGAGCAGUCUGCUUCCUCCACCAACACCAGAACCAACAGCAGAAUGACCCGCUCUGAAUCAGGCCGUGUCGCUGCGGCUCAGAGACACACAGGGAGGGAUUUGUGUUUUUGAAAAACACUCGUAUGAAUCAGAGUAUGAAUGUCCUCUUGAUAUUUUCAGUUGAUAAAUACUCGUGUAAAGUUUGUGAAGGCAGGAGGAAAGCUUCCGCGAUCACCGUCUCCUCUCCGUUCCUCCAAACCCCGCCCCCUCCUGAAAAUAAUGAGUGACAGGCUGACAGUGACCCGAUAGAACCUUUAUUAUUCACUUAAUCACUGAUUGAAGCUAAUUUAAUCUCAUACAUUCAUGGGAUUCAUGUAACAGUAAGACAGAGAAUGUGAGUGUGCACCCACAUGCACUAUUUUAGUUGUUAUUUGUAAAUACUCCUAUCUGCCGUGUUCAGACUCAAGUCCUGGGUGUGAUGCCACAGGACAUUCAGUGUCCAUUCUUUAACAGAAGGCCGUUGCUAGAAGCUGCAGCUAGACUGCAGAAGCAUUGUUUUUUUGUUUUUGAGGAUGGAACAACUUCACACACAGAUAUAGGGAGGCUAGACCUAUACAAUUCAUUUAUUAUGGUUUAUAAUUUAAUGUCAAGAAUGAGAAUGUUGAAUGAGAAGAUGGCUGAAGCGUUCAGUGUCAAUCCUGUGGAGAUCUCCAAAAUCAUGUUCAGCUUAGUCUCAGCAAAACUCACAACAUGUCUGGAGCCUUGUAGAAAACUCUAAGAACAUCACCAAGCAGCACUGAACACAUCUGCUUUAUUUGGCUCUUUGUGAAGCAGCUUUUUCUGACAUGAAUGAAAUCUAAAUACAGAACAAGACCGACUGAUGAACAUGUAAAUGACUCUAUCAGUGAACCUAAGUGGGUCCAGCAUACACCUCUAUGGUGGACUCCAUGCAGCGCCAUUCAUCUCAUUAACUGUAAAAAAUAGUGAAUGCACUUAUUUUACACACGUGCCAUAAGAUGCUGUCCGGUGGCGAUGAAGGCGAUGUGUUUACUAUGUGGGCCAAAAUAAGAAGUGAAAACAUUUUCUUUUUCUCUUGGACAUGAAUGUGAAUCUUCAGUGAUUACUAUGUGGGCCAUAAUAAUAUGUGAGACAUUUUUGUUUUCUUGGACCUUGAUGUGAAGUUAAGAUUUGUGAUAAGCUUUGGGUAUUGAUUUCACACGUGUACAACAGUAGCUUAAUUCAACUGAUGAGUGCUCUGUGAAUACAUGGAAGCGAUGCGAUGCAAGUAGCUCUCAGAUGGAGAAAGGUUGGAGACCCCUGGUUUAGAGGGUUUCUUCUCGUAUAUAUGAUUUCUGCUUAUAUGUAUUAAUGACUUUGUAUCUGUUAAAUGUGCCCAGCCUGAAGCAGAGUUAGCUUGAGAAGGAAAACACUGAAGGGAAGGAUUGAAAUGUGGAUUAUCAAGUUAAUGAAGUUAAAAGCUGUAUUUUUCAGAGCACGCUGUGGUACAGAUGUUUACUACGUCCAGCGUUCUUUCUUUCGCCGUGUUCCAGUUCUCUGGAGGAAGAAGUGAAAUGUGCCUGCUCUGCAAACUGGAGCUUAUUGCUAUCAGCAAAUCAGAAUCACAAACAAAUAUAAUAAAGGGAGUGGAUAAAAACAAGA